UGCAGCCAGAGGCUCCGGUGGGCCACCCGGGAGUUGAGUGCUGGCCGCCUGUCCCCAGGCCUGGCCCAGCCUCCAGAAGGUAGCCUGGUCCCACCCCCGCUGGGGCCGCCCGUGGGGGCCAUGUGGCCACACAAAUGACCAGCCAGGCUUCCCUGGAGGCCGGGCCUCCCAGGACUGGCCCAGGAGCUUCCUGACUGAGAGCAGGCUCCCUGCAAGCCCGGGACACCAGAGGUGGGGACCGACUGCCCCAGGACACAGUCAGGCAGCUGGUGUCUGCACCCAGGUGGCUGACCCUGGGGAAGAGGGCGCCCAGGCCCGGGCCUUGGACGUGGGUCCCUGCACACAGAGGGCUGCCCAGAGCCCAGAUGACUAAUGCCUCGGGGCUCCUGGGACCCCCCCCGCAGGCCGUGCCCGCCAGGCCGCAGGUGGACCGCGUGGGGAACAGCUCCCAGGGCACCUCCCAGCUCUUCCUCACCACGGCGCUGGCCCGCGGCGUCUCGGGCGUCUUCGUGUGGACCGCCCUGGUGCUCACCGGCCACCAGACGAGAAGACUGAGGCUGGGAGAGGCCGGGGUCUUUCCCAGGCUCACGCAGCCGGGAGCAGAAAGGUCCUUCCCCUCCAGAGGUGCAGCAUCCCCGGGAAAGCUGAUCUACCUGCACCUGCGCUCCUACACCGUCCCCAACGAGCAGCGCUACAUCAUCCGCCUGCUUUUCAUCGUCCCCAUCUAUGCCUUCGACUCCUGGCUCAGCCUCCUCCUCCUGGGGGGCCACCAGCACUACGUCUACUUUGACUCCGUGCGGGAUUGCUACGAAGCCUUUGUCAUUUACAGCUUCCUGAGCCUCUGUUUCCAGUACCUGGGGGGCGAGAGUGCCAUCAUGGCUGAGAUUCGGGGAAAACCCAUCCGGCCCAGCUGCUUCUAUGGCACCUGCUGCCUUCGGGGCAUGUCCUACUCCAUCGGGUUUCUGCGUUUCUGCAAGCAGGCCACGUUGCAGUUCUGCAUUGUGAAGCCCAUCAUGGCCUUGGUCACCAUCGUCCUGCAGGCGUUCGGCAAAUACCACGACGGGGACUUCAACAUCCACAGCGGUUACCUCUACGUCACCCUCAUCUACAACUCCUCCGUGAGCCUGGCCCUCUACGCCCUGUUCCUUUUCUACUUCGCCACCAGGGAGCUCCUGCAGCCCUUUGAGCCUGUCCUCAAGUUCCUCACCAUCAAGGCCGUCAUCUUCCUCUCUUUCUGGCAGGGGAUGCUGCUGGCCAUCCUGGAGAGGUGUGGGGUCCUCCCUGAGGCCCAGGUCAUCGAGGGGAGCAGGGUGGGGGCCGGCACGGUGGCCGCCGGCUACCAGAACCUCGCCAUCUGCAUCGAGAUGUUCUUUGCCUCUGUCGCCCUGCGCUACGCCUUCACCUGCCAGGUGUACUCGGAGAAGAAAGAGCGCUCGCCAGCCCCCACGGCGCCCCUGCAGAGCAUCUCCAGCGGCCUCAAGGAGACCGUGAGCCCGCAGGACAGCGUGCAGGACGCCAUCCACAACUUCUCGCCCGCCUCGCAGCAGUACCUGCAGUAGGCCGCACGCGAGGCCCCGGGACCCGGCCAGGGCAGGGACCCCUUGCCCGGCACCCACCCUGGCAUGGAUGGUGGCUGCGGCGGGGGCAGGAAGAGCCGCAACAUGGAGAAGAGGAUGCUGAUCCCCAGGGAGGAGCUGUAGGGGGGCCCCGAGGUCAGCGGCCGCCUGGCUGGGGUCAGUGGUCCAGGCCGCUGGGAAAGGACAGGGCCCCUCACCCACCGACCGUCUUACCAAAGGUCAGGCCUCUCCUGGGAGCCUCCUGCUAGGCCCGUGGAGCCCACUGCCCAUCCCACCUCUGGCCAGUGGAGCGGGUCGCUUGGUAGCCCUGCCAGGCGCCCCGGGGCCGCACCAUCGCCUGGUGGGCCCUCGGCCUCAGAAGAGGGCACCUGAGCCUGCCUGACAAGCCCAGGGACCUGCCAGGCUCACUUGGCCAUCGGCUCAGGUGACCUCCCUGGAUGGACAGCUCCCGGGCAGGGCUGGGCAGCCCAGAGCUGCGGGCCUUGCAGGCAGGAGGGCUCCGCACAGAGUGCAGGAGGUGGGGUGGCCCCGUGGAGGAAGGGCCGGUGUGGCUGCUGGGAGUCUGGGAGGGGCUGGGGUCACCGGUGGACGGCUCUGACUUCCUGGUGAACUGCACUUAUUUAUGCAUAAACAGCCUGGGUUUUCUAGUGA